AUGGACCAGCCAGACGAGGUAGUCGCCAGCUCGGCCCAUGCCGCGAAAGACGACCGUCCCUUUGACGCUGUGUCGGUCGGCACGUGCUACUCACAGACAGCAAACGACCGGUUUGGCCGCGGUGCGAGCGACGUGAUUCGGGAGCGGGAUGAACAGGAACAAUCCGAUGAUGCUUCGCUUGCCCCGCUGCCGCCCAACUGGUUUACUUUCGAGCCCGACGUAACAGCCGGCGCUGUGGGAGACUUGUACGCUCGUGUCCCGACGAUGCAGCACUAUCGGAACAACCUCACUGCCCUUUCACACUUGUACAACCUUUACUUUGUUGCGUACCAGGGCCAAAUCUUUGUCUACGUGCCCCGGGGCAUACCCAAACAGACCAUCCCCCGCGACCCAGGGAUCAAGCUUGUGCCGCCACAGAGCCCGCUUGGCAGCUUGGUCGGCGGCUACCAAGACCCUGCCGACCCCCAUACCAUGAACCACAUGAUUGUCGGUAUGCUCGGCAGGGAGGAGAUUGUUGUCGCCAGCUAUGACGAUGGGGACAUUAUCGCCUACUACACAAAGGAUAUUGCCGACUGCGUCCUCGACCGCCCUCAGAAGCAAAACCCCCCGGCGCCAUUCUUCCACGAGAACGUUGGCAAGUCGGCCUGGGGGCUCGCUGUCCACCAGGAAUCUCGCCUCAUCGCAGCCAGCUCCAACAAGUGCGAGGUCACUGUCUUUGCGCCCGCCCUUGCUGCAUCUCGGAAACGGGCCAACGAGGGCGCCGACAGGUGCUCCAAGUGCAAGGCCAGCAACCCAUGCGACAUGAUCGAGUCUCACGUCCGCCAACGCGCGCGGAACUGGCGGAUUGUGGUGAGGCUGGGCAGGAUGGCAGAUAAUAUUCCAAACAUUGCCUUUGUCGAUGACAAGAAGGGCUUUGCCGAACUCAUUUGCGCCAUGGAUAUCAAGGGCGGCGUCUGGUUGGCUCACAUCUGGAAGCCGAACCAGGCCGCUUUGCGUCUGGCUCCCGCUCCCAGCAUGACGUCUCGGAGGUCCGAGGCCUGGCCGUCUCCUUCUAGAGGCUGGGGAGUUUUGCCGCUCACUACAGCCGAAUUUCUCAGAGUUGAGUCGUUUGAGCAACUGCUUGGCAUCACUGCCUCGCAGGCGAUCGAGGCACCACAGGUGGCCUUGAAUAUCGAGAGAUGCCUAGAAUGCGUGCCGGAUAACCCUUGCGUACCCAUCCCGUCCCAGCCAGCCGGCCCCGUGCCCACUCAUCCCGUGUUCCCCGACCCCAUCCCGCUACCAGCAUUCAUGGUGCCAGGUGCCGUGCCGGUGGCCCUAGCGCCCGAGCCGCAGCAAGCAGAACUAAGCAGCUCGGAAGAGUCGGGGGCCGAGGCCAGCAGCGAAGUGGGAGAAGGUACCGUUAAUACCAUAGGCAAUGACGGAGCCGGCAACGACAACGACGGCAACAACAGCUCGGGUUCGGGAAACCUCGACGAAGAAGAGGACGAAGACGAGGACGAGGACGAGGAUGAGGUCGAAUAUGACUCCGCAGACGAGGUCAACCCGCUUCCAUGGGACCUCUCGCUGGGGAGCGAUGAUGUCUUGUAUUUUGGCACGGCAAAUGUGGCUCCAGGGUCAGUGCCCGGCAGCGGUGGCCUGGGGACCUCGUUGAUGGCACUCCUCGGAUCGCCUGAUGGCGCCAACAUGCUCCUCCCAAGCUUUCAUAAGACGAUGCUUGGACAUCACACGAGCCACGGAAGCGCUUCAGGGGUGUCUGCCAGACGCAGAACCAAGACGGAGUGGGAGGGCGAGGAGCAAUCGUCGACCUUGAGCCUCGACAUGGUGUACUUUCCGCACACCGGCGAGGCAUACGCGGCGCCCGCGGACCACAGGGGCCUCAUGCAGCUUUUUGCGCGCGUCGACCCGAGGAACGAGAAUAGGGAGGGGGCUGAGACGCUCAGGCGGUCGUUUGGCAAGCGACAUCGCCUCCUCCGCCUUCACGAGAAGGAAGUGGAGCUGCGCAACGUAGCGCAUUGGGCGGGCCAGAAGCGGCCGCGGUGCGAGCUCGCGGUCUUCUGCCCUGAGACACUCAGCACCGGUCCAAUAUCGCCUAGGACGGCUAGAACCAUGUUCCACGCGACGAACAGGCUCAGCAUGGUGGCGCACUUGCGGGAGCUGUCGCUGGUGGUUGUGGCAUCGCCGGUGGGACGGGUGCUGCUCCUCACGCCGACAAAGCUGAAGCGUCCGGAGCAAUGGCGGUCUGGGGAGCUACGGCACGGAUUCCGGGUGGAGUGGGUGCUCCCGCGCAAGUCGGACGAGAAGGUGCACCGGAAGACGAUGCGGCCACUGCACGGCAUGGCGGUAGGCCCUGUGCCGGGCUCCGGCGCCGAGGGCAAGUCUGGCGAUGGCAGCGAGAGCCAGAUGCGCGGCCCGCACCGUCGGUACCGGCUGAUGCUCCACUACCGCAACCACGACAUCUUGACGUACGAGAUUAGCCGCGAGGAGCAGACGGGCAGGCUGUGCAUAAUCUGA